AAAAUGGAGGGCCAUGAUCCAAAGGAACCAGAACAGUUGAGGAAACUGUUUAUUGGUGGUCUGAGCUUUGAAACCACAGAUGAUAGCUUAAGAGAACAUUUUGAGAAAUGGGGCACACUUACAGACUGUGUGGUAAUGAGAGAUCCCCAAACAAAACGUUGCAGGGGCUUUGGUUUUGUGACCUACUCUUGUGUUGAAGAGGUGGAUGCUGCAAUGUGUGCUCGGCCACACAAAGUUGAUGGGCGGGUGGUGGAACCAAAGAGAGCCGUUUCUAGAGAGGAUUCUGUAAAGCCUGGUGCCCAUUUAACAGUGAAGAAAAUCUUUGUUGGUGGUAGGAAAGAGGACACAGAAGAGUAUAACCUGGGAGACUACUUUGGAAAGUAUGGUAAGAUUGAAACCAUAGAAGUUAUGGAAGACAGGCAGAGUGGGAAAAAGAGAGGAUUUGCUUUUGUGACUUUUGAUGACCACGACACAGUUGAUAAAAUUGUUGUUCAGAAAUACCACACUAUUAAUGGGCAUAAUUGUGAACUGAAAAAGGCCCUUUCUAAACAAGAGAUGCAGUCUGCUGGAUCACAGAGAGGCCGUGGAGGUGGAUCUGGCAAUUUUAUGGGUCGUGGAGGGAACUUUGGAGGUGGUGGAGGUAAUUUUGGUCGUGGUGGAAACUUUGGUGGAAGAGGAGGCUGCGGUGGUGGAGGUGGUGGCAGCAGAGGUAGUUAUGGAGGUGGUGAUGGUGGAUAUAAUGGAUUUGGAGGUGAUGGUGGCAACUAUGGUGGUGGUCCUGGUUACAGCAGUAGAGGAGGCUAUGGUGGUGGAGGUGGUGGCAGCAGAGGCUAUGGUGGUGGUGGGCCAGGCUAUGGAAACCAAGGUGGUGGAUGUGGUGGUGGUGGAGGAGGAGGAUAUGACGGUUACAAUGAAGGAGGAAAUUUUGGUGGAGGUAACUAUGGUGGUGGGAAAUAUAAUGACUUUGGAAAUUAUAGUGGACAACAGCAAUCAAAUUAUGGACCCGUGAGAGGGGGCAGUUUUGGUGGAAGAAACUCAGGCAGUCCCUAUGGUGGUGGCUAUGGAUCAGGUGGUGGAAGUGGUGGAUAUGGUAGCAGAAGGUUUUAAAAACCAGCAGAAAAGGGCUACAGUUCUUAGCAGGAGAGAGAGCGAGGAGUUGUCAGGAAAGCUGCAGGUUACUUUGAGACGGUCGUCCUAAAUGCAUUAGAGGAACUGUAAAAAUCUGCCACAGAAGGAGCGAUGAUCCACAGUCAGAAAAGUUACCGCAGCUUAAACAGGAGGCCCUUCUUGUUCAGGACUGUCAGAGCCACAGUCUGCAAAAGUGCAGCUAUUGAUUAAUGCAAUGUAGUGUCAAUUAGAUGUACAUUCCUGAGGUCUUUUAUCUGUUGUAGCUUUGUUUUUCUUUUUCUUUUCAUUACAUCAGGUAUAUUGCCCUAUAAAUUGUGGUAGUGGUACCAGGAAUAAAAAAUUAAGGAAUUUUUAA